AUGGAGCAGGUCUUCGUUGCGCCGCGGAGGGUCUUCACGCCGUGGGAGAGGCUCUGGGUGCGGCGCGGGGGGUCUUCAUGCCGCGGAGCACGAGCAGGUGAAAUGUUCGGGGUCCCGAUUCCUGUGAAUCAGCCGACCGUACCAGGCUCAUUAGCAUCUACACCUUCAAGUUCAGCUACACUGCCUAAUUCCCAGAGCCAAACCGUUGUUGUAGAAAACCCAAUGUCCGUUGACAAGAGUGGGAAAUUGUUUGUGGCAUCUCUGCCUUAUUCGUUAUGCAAAUUUUCGACGUACAUUAAGAAAUAUUAA